AUGGGCGAUUUCAAUGCACGAAUCGGAAGCCAGUUGGCGGGCGAGCAAUACAUCGGCCCAUUCACCGACGAGGCCAGAAACGAACCGGGCCAGCGCAUGUCCAGCUUCGCAGAGGCCAAGCAGUUGUACGUCAUGAACAGCUUCUUCCCGAAGCCAGUCAGGAAGCGGUGGACAUGGCAAUCAGCUGACGGUGUCACGCGCUCCGAAGUCGACUACGUCCUGUGCGACCACGCGCAAACCGUGACGAACGUCGAAGUGCUGUCGCGGUUUGAGGCCAGAAGCGACCAUCGGAUUGUGCGAGCGCUGAUGUUGAACCUACCUCAACUGAAGAAGGACCGCAUACAGAACGGAAAGAAGAAGAUCCCCUCUACCGUAUCAGACGAGCUGCUGAGAACAGAAGUGGAAGGCGCCGAAUGGCCAAGCCACUCCGACAAACGCAUAAACGCCCGCUGCGAAUCGCUCGAAGCGAAACUGCUAGACUGCGUAAAAGCUGCCGAGUUCAGAAGACCCAGCCAAAGAGGAUCUCGCAUCACCGAGGAGACAAAGACGCUCAUGAAGCGACUCCAGAUGCUAAAGCAGAACGGCGGAGACCCCGAAGAAUGUCGAAACCUGAGCCGGGAAGUAAGAACGCGCCUAGUAGCCGACUACGACGACUACCGCAACGCUCGCCUGAUGGAAGCGGCAGCUGCUCGAGAGAGCCUGAAGAAGUGCAAGCGGAAAAUGGCCCAAUCCCAGCUUGUCACGGGAUCACUGCGAGAUACAAGCGGCCAGUUACAAACGGAACGGCGAAGAGUAGAAGACAUCUGCCGUGACUACUACGCGUCGCUCUUCGAGAGCAAAGUGCACGUACCAAAAGCCGAGCCAGUACCUGAAGGAGACGAGGAGCCGCUACCACGCGUAACGACGGCAGAAGUCGAGGCAGCCCUGAAGAGGUUAAAGAAUGGGAAGGCGCCAGGUCCAGACGGCAUUACAGCGGAAAUGCUGAAAGCCGCCGGUACUACGCUAUGGGAUCAGAUAGCGAAAUUCUUCACACAAUGCUUGAAAGCCAAGCAGAUACCGCUGAAGUGGAAGGAAUCACGCACUGUGCUACUCUUCAAAAAGGGCGACCCAGAAGACCUCAAGAACUACCGGCCCAUCUGCCUGCUCCCGGUAAUGUACAAGCUCUUCACGAAGGUGAUACUAAAUCGAAUCACCGGCCAACUAGACGCAGCUCAACCAAACGAGCAAGCAGGAUUCCGUAGCGGCUUCUGCACUUUCGACCACAUGCAGGUGAUGAACCAGCUGCAGGAAAAGGCUCGCGAGAAGAACCUGAAGCUGUACCUCAUCUUCAUUGAUUACGAAAAGGCAUUCGAUAGCAUCGAGAUUAACGCAGUCCUUAACGCAAUCCAGAAGCAAGGCGUUCAACAACAAUACGUCGACGUACUGGAAAACGUUUACGAUGGAUGCACAACCGAAGUCAAGCUGUUCGAAGAGCCGAUCGCCAUCCCAAUCGGUCGAGGCGUGCGCCAGGGCGACACCAUCUCUCAAAACUAUUCACAGCGGCGCUAG